GUCGAUCACGAUCCGCUCGAUUUCAGAGGAAUCCUGGAGAAUGCAGGCGCCGUGAUGGCUCAGCGCCAGCUGCUGUGGGACAUGGGUAUCAUCUACCCGGGGCUGAAGCUAAAGCUUGGCCCAACCAUCGGUGCUGCCGGAUUGCUGGAGUUUGUGCUAGAUCCAUCCGUGCAAAACGACGAACGUUCACUUUUCGAAGAAAAAUCUACCGCACGCAUACUGACCAAAAGCUUCGUCGUACCGUUCCUGCUUGGCCUUAAAUUCAACCUGGCAACACUGCUGCCGCUCGUCUUUGGCGGUCUGAUACUACUCAGCAAAAAGGCGCUCAUCCUAGGCAAGAUAGCUCUCUUUCUGUCCGGACUGUUUGGCUACGGUUCGUUUCUAACUCCCUCCCUCUACGGUGGUGGAUUCGGUGGCUAUGGCGGAGGCUUUGCCGGUCACGGAGGUAUCGGUGGUUUUGGAUUCGGUGCCAAACCCUUCCGCUACAACAACCCGCUCGCCGACAGUCCUGACUUUGACAAUCACCAACAUCAUCAGCAUCAUCAUCACGAUGACUACCACGGCGGCGGUGGUGGUGGUGGUGUGUCCCAUGAUUCCCACACCAGCGGUGGCUAUUACAAGAAGAAGGAUAAGUUCCUCAAUCUGGAUGAGCGUGUCGAACCGCAAACAGCUGCCUCGCUGGUGGAUAAAUUCUACGAGUACGAAAAGCAGCAAAUGCUAAAAGAUCGAACCGCACGGCUGUUCGAACGGAAGUUCUACGAACGGGAACAGCAACACCCGGGCGGUGGUGCAGCCGGUGGUCCGGAUUAUCCCUUUGUCACCGCAGACUUGGCCACCGAGCGUAACGAACGGUCGCUACCGGAAGGUGGCGGCACUGGAACUAGCGGACGUAACUUUGCCUGGAACGAUCAUUAG